CCCCUUCCCAUCUCGCCGUGGGUUCCCCGGCGGCGCGGCGGCUGCCCUCCGACGGCCGGUUUUUCCUCCCAACGAGCUUCCCCACUCCACACCAAUUGCAACCAGCAAGAAGAAGAUGGCAUCGUCUCUGACGGACCUCCCCGACCACCUCCUGACCGAGAUCUUCCUCCGCCUACCCGACCUGGCUGACCUCGCCCGCGCCUCCGCGGCCUGCGUCAGCUUCCGCCGACUCGCCACCGACGUAUCCUUCCUCCGCCGCUUCCGCUGCCUCCACGCACCACCACUCCUCGGCUUCCUCGACCGCCACGGGUUCCAUCCAGCACUACCGCCUCACCCCUCCGCACCCGCCGCCCGCGCGCUCGCCCUCGCCCCGAUUUCUCCUUCUCUUUCCUCCCCUCCCAUGGCCUUUGGACCGUCCAGGACAGCCGCGACGGCCGCGUCCUCCUCCAGCGCUGGCCCAAAAUGGGCGAGGUCAGCCGGGAGCCCGCCGUGUGCGACCCUUUGUGCCGAUGGCAUCUCGUGCUCCCCCCAGUACCUGACGACCUAGUCGCUUUGUUAGGCAGAUGCCGGUGCAAGCCUUCUGUCUUUCCCCUCGGCGACGAUGAGGAGGAAGCUGCUGUUGAAGAGGCAUCAUUCCAAGUGAUGUUGAUGGCAUACUGCGAAACUAAGCUGGCCGCAUUCGUGUUCUCGUCGAGCACCGGACAAUGGAGAGCUGCUGCAUCCAAGGGUUGGAGUGAUUUGGCCCUUUGCAGCAGCGAGUCCGGCAUGAUGUCACCCGUCCACCCUCUUUUUCUCAGGCACCAUUAUGCUUAUGGCUGCUUCUGCUGGGACUGUACGCUCUUCAGGUGGAAAAAGUUGCUCAUGCUUGACACAACAAGGAUGGAGUUCUCCCUUGUUGUCCCCCCACCUGGAGAAUGGAGAAAGGAAGGUUUUGCCAUUGUGGAGGCAGGGGAAGGCAGGCUUGGGAUCUUUGGUUUCCAUGGUGAAUCUGCAUCGUCUGACCUUAUCUAUACCUUUGCGUGGAACAAAGGGGAGAAUCCCAGCCAGUGGAAAAUGGAGAAGACAAUCUCACUAGAUUCUGGUUACCGGUAUUUCAUCAUAGCUGCAACAGGAAGGUAUUUGCUAUUGACAAGGACACCAGACAUAUCUCAAGAGAACCCGCGCUUUGAAUAUUUUUCGAUCAAUGUCAAGACGUUGCAGCUUCAGAUGGUUUAUUCAGGUCAUAGCAGGCAUAAGUUGUCGGGGACACACAUAUAUACCAACUUCCCGCCAUCAUUGUGGUCUUCAAACGCAAAUAUGCAGUGAUUCGAUGCAGUCAUCGUCAGAUCAGAUUUCAGAGUUCAAAGUGAUUUUGGUUUCGAUAGCGUGGAGUUCUUGCUGAUGUGAUCACCUCUCUGACAAGAUGGCGUGUGCCAAUCUAGAGAAUUUCUCUUGGCUGUGGUUAUGUCUAUGGUGUUCGUGUUUUCAUCAUGCUACGCCUAGCUUGGGUUGCUGUAACAUGGAUGUGGCUGUUCUCUGCCUAACAAUGUGACCAUGAAAGUAACAGUUUCA